GUACGUAAACAUAACAGGUAAAAAACACGUGCAUCGUGACCAUCACUAUCAAUAUAUAAAGUAAUUUUUCCUUCUGGAACGUAUCAUUUUGUUCAUUCGUUUCCAACGAAAAAGAACUAAAAUGAUACAUAAAGUGGCACUACUGUUCCUCACUCUUGCCAUUUAUGUAGAAGCAACUUGCGAUAAGGAGAUCCAACGUCCGCUUGAAUGGACAGGAGGUUCCUUCGAAUGGCCAACUCCUUCCACCAAAGCCCUGUACCAAGCUUCAGGUCGUUUCAUAGGCAAGAAUGUUAUAGCCACCAGGGCCCAAAUCUACAAGGAUGAUGUUAUCCUCGCAUUCCCAAGGUACAAACCUGGCACCCCAGUCACAUUGGGCAGAGUUUCUCUGAAGCAAAGAACUUGUGAAGCCAUAAUCUCACCCUAUCCUUGCUGGUCCACUCAAGAAGAAGGAAACUGUGGUGCUCUGCAGUCCAUCGUUGACAUUUUCGUCGACCCCAAUGACAUUUUGUGGGUUUUGGAUGUUGGUGUCGUCAAUACUUUAUCAUGCCCUGUUCGCAAGUGCCCUCCAAAAGUUGUAGCUUUCAAUUUGAAAACAAACAGACAAGUUAAAGUACUGGAUUUAUCUGGUUUAGUAGCGCAAGCUUCCAGAUUGCAAUACUUGGCUGUUGAAUAUGCUCCGGAUGGUAGACCUUAUGUAUACAUCAGUGAUGCUGCCACUAGAUCUUUGUUGGUAUUCGAUGUAGCUGGAAAUAGAGGAUACAGAGUUGUGCUUCCUAAAGCUGUCGUUGGCACUGGACGUAGAGACGUCUUAUACAUAGCCCUGGUUCAAAAGGGAUGUGGAAAUAACUUUAUCAUCUUCUCCUAUCUUUCAUCACCCAGAGUUUUCUCCAUUCGUACGGACUACUUGAGAGCAGGAUGUGCUUCAGGAAAAAUUCAAGAUGUUGGUUUGAAACCAAAUAGAUUAGUAUUUUUGGGAACUGAUUUGGGAUCCGCAAUAUUCUUCAGAUACGAAGGUCAACCUGAAAUCUACAGAUGGGACACCAAUACCCCGUUCCUUCCUGUGAGUUUCGUCUUGGUUUACAAAUCCGAUAACUGCUUUUUAUCCACUCAAGCUAUAGCUGAUGUCAAAAGAGAAAGGAUGCGUGUCUUGGAAAGUAACUUCCCUGAUUAUGUAGAGAACACUGUAGGAUGUGGAGCCAACCAAAAAAUUAGCUUGAUGACUGGUUGCUUGUAAUCAGUAACAGCUAUAGAAUAUUGUCUGUGAUAAAUAUAUUUUCAUUACAAACA